CCCCGAUAUGUAAAAACAAUCUGGAAAGUUGGUUAGAUUCGUUAUAAAAGCCAGGAUCAGGAAAGAGUCGAACGUUGUCCAUUCGAACACAUCAACUUGGGCGAGUCCAUUUUGCGGCGAGAAGCGGGGUCCCUUUAUCGAUUUUAUGCAAGCACGUUCGUCCUCAACUUCAUAUAACGACCUCUACCGUCCAUUGAAAUUGCUUGGUCUACAACCGAGAUCUUUUAUCCCUCAUUCAACCUCGCCUCCAACGCCUUCAUCGCCGUUAGCCAAAUAUUCCACUACUAGGGAGUUCAACGAGCGACGGACUAGCCAAAGAAAAUCGUUGUGUGAGCUCAUACCAGAAGAACUAACCCUUCUCGGAUCGGACUUGUCCGUGCCCGGUCUCCACAAUCUUGAUCUCAGUUCAGAACUCUAUAAACGACACCACAGACCAAGGAGCCCCCUCGUACGUUCUCAAACAGAACCUUGUUACUUGUCUACAACCACCACCAGGCCAAUACACAUCCCAAGUUCAAAAACCAUGGCAACUUUGACUCCCCGUGACAAUCUCAACGCUCGCGUUAAAGGCAGCAGUCAUAUCGACUUCAAAACAGCCACCACCGGUGUUGCAGCAAAGUCAAUGCGUAACGAGAUCAGCCAUUUGGUGAGCACCUGCGAUGAACAUGCCAAGAAGGCAUUUGACACCGAAAUGCAAUCAUUCUUCUAUCUUUUUACCCGCUAUCUUUCAGAACGCGCAAAAAGCGUGGAUCUCGAUUGGGAUCGCAUCAAGUCCCCCGCCGAUGACCAGAUUGUAGCCUAUGACAGUCUAUCUCAGCCUCAUAACCACAAUAACCUUAACAAACUUGCCGUGCUCAAAGUCAAUGGCGGUCUUGGUACUUCCAUGGGCAUGACUGGUGCGAAGAGCGCGCUGGAAGUCAAGGAUGACAUGACCUUUCUCGACCUCACUGUGCGUCAGAUUGAACACCUCAACACGAGCAACCGGGUCGAUGUUCCGCUCAUCCUCAUGACUUCUUUUAACACCCAUGAGGACACCUUGCGUAUCAUUAAGAAGUACGCAAAUCAACAACUCCGCAUCACGACAUUCAACCAGUCGCGGUACCCCCGGAUCUUCAAAGAGAGCUUACUUCCCUGCCCAAAGCGUGCCGACGAUGACAAGACGCAUUGGUAUCCUCCCGGCCAUGGUGACUUGUACAAUGCGUUGCUGUACUCCGGUGUAAUGGACCAGUUGAUUGCUGAGGGCAAGGAGUACCUCUUUGUAUCUAACUCGGACAACUUGGGCGCAGUUGUCGAUGAGAAGAUCCUUCAACACAUGAUUGACUCUCAAGCAGAAUUCUUGAUGGAAGUCACUGACAAAACGAAGGCCGACAUCAAGGGUGGUACUCUCAUUGACUACGAGGGAUCAAUGCGCCUUCUUGAGAUCGCACAAGUUCCAUCAGAGCAUGUCGAGGACUUCAAGUCUGUGCGCAAGUUCAAGAUCUUCAACACUAACAACUUGUGGAUCAACCUCCCAGCGCUCAAGCGCAUCAUGGAGACCGAAGGCAUGGAACUCGAGAUUAUCAUUAAUCCGAAGACGAACGAAGAUGGCCAAUCAGUCGUCCAGCUUGAGACCGCCGCCGGUGCCGCCAUUAAGCAUUUCAAGAAUGGCCACGGUAUCAAUGUCCCACGAUCGCGCUUCUUGCCGGUCAAAUCAUGUUCCGACUUGCUUCUGAUCAAGAGUGACAUCUAUUCGCUGCAACACGGACAGCUUGUUCUCAACGAGAGCCGAAUGUUCGAGACCACGCCUGUGAUCAAACUCGGUGACCACUUCAAGAAGAUACAGCAGUUCCAGAAACGCUUCAAGAAGAUUCCCAAGAUUAUCGAGCUCGAUCACUUGACUGUUACAGGUGAUGUGAAUUUCGGUCGAAAUGUGACACUUCGCGGUACUGUAAUCAUCGUUGCCAAUGAGGGUCAGCGCAUUGAUAUCCCUGAUGGCUGUAUUCUUGAGAACAGGUUACUGUCUGGAAACUUGAACAUGAUCGAGUUGUAAUUUAGUCAGAAGAAGCCCUACGACGACGCACGGACAAAUACAUAGAUAGCAUAUUCCUUUUUAUCUUACUGUUUUUCUGUUUGCUCUUUUUCACUCUCGCAUGAUCUUGUUGUUCAUCAUGUCUUUGUAGUUUUUCAAUUGUGGACAAUGAGCUCUCGAUGGCUUUGGGUCCAUAUAGUAUUAGCGUUUACCCCGACAACUUGAAAUUUUGCAGCAAUCUAACUGGUGUUUUCCUCGAA